UUGUGAUCUGUUAUCUAGACUAGUUGUAUUUCUUAACGGCCAAGGACAUGAUAUGGGUGCUGUUUCUUGCUUCUGCCUUAAUUCCAAUUCAGCAAUCACUACAGUACAAUGAUAUAGAUAUAUUAACUAACUAUGACGUCCAAUUUACAAAUUUGCAAGUAGCGAAUAAUCAAGUCCCUAAGCAGAAACAAGGUUUCAGUGCUGGUAGUAGUUUAAGGAGUAUAGCGGAAGGUUCAUCAAAUGCUGCUGACGAUGCUGUAAAUAAUCAAGACACUGCUGGUCAUCAAGCAGCUUAUGUUGCCAAAAAUACCUUGGCACAAUCGGCGGCAGCAGCUUCAGCUACAGCCCAAGCUGCAUUAGCAGGAAAGCAGAUUCUUCUUCAGGGGCUCGAACAACAACAUAGAGAUGCUCAAACUGCUCUUAUGGGAGAGAAACAGCAGUUAAUGCAGGCACAAAGAGCAGCCGAUCAAACAAACCGAGCAGCACAGGAAGCAAGAACACACGUCCAGGUCCUUCAAAAUACCUUAAAUGCUGCCCAAGCUGCAGCAGAUCACGUUACCCAGGCAGCUAAUGAAGCUGCUGGGGAGUUAGCUGCUCAGCAAGCUAUGGUUGGUUCUGCAAAGGAUAGAUUAGAGAAUAUAGGUAAGCAGUUAGCCGCUGUCAGGAUAGAUUUUCAAGCUACACAAGCUGCUGCACAGAAAGCUCAAGCUGCAGCACAGCUGGCCGCAGCUAAUGCUGCCGCGGCAGCCGCUGCGGCUGCAGCUGGCUUAGCUAAAAAUUCCGGGAAAAAUCCUCUUCCUCCACUCCCGCCCCCACCCAAGCCUGAUCAAAACGGUGGAAAUGGUGGUGGAAACGGCGGUGGUAAAGGAGGAAAUGGAGGAGGGGGUGGAGCAAAGAAGGCAGGAGGUGCAUCCGGAGGGGGUGGAGGUAAAUCUUCAAAAUACAGCGCGGAUGUUGAUUAUGAUCAGGAUUCUUUUUAUCACCCUUUGUUCUAUGGAGAAAGUUAACAAGUGUAGUACGUGAUGUUGUUAAUUUUUUUACUGUUUCUAAAAAAUAAAUUUAUAAA